AUGCCGAUUCUGACCUUGUCUCUGUUCUUUUACUUUUUACCCUGUUUCGACUCACAGAACAAUGCUUCCCUAGAUCAAUUUGAUCGUCUGAAAACAUUGGGUACCGGGUCCUUCGGUCGCGUGAUGCUUGUUCGACACAAACAGAAUCAGAAGUAUUAUGCGAUGAAAAUUUUAGAGAAACAAAAGGUUGUCAAACUGAAGCAGGUAGAGCACACGUUGAACGAGAAAACCAUUCUGCAAGCGAUCAAUUUUCCUUUCCUUGUCAGCAUGGAAUUCAGUUUCAAGGAUAACACAAAUCUGUAUAUGGUGUUGGAUUUCGUCAGUGGAGGGGAAAUGUUCUCCUACUUACGACGUGUACAAAAAUUCUCGGAAGAUGAUGCCCGAUUCUACGCGAGCCAAGUUGUGUUGGCCUUUGAAUAUCUGCAUUUCUUCGAUCUUAUCUAUCGGGACUUGAAACCGGAAAAUUUGCUUAUUGAUGGAAGUGGUUAUUUGAAGGGCUAUAACAAGGCGGUCGACUGGUGGGCAUUGGGCAUUCUGAUUUACGAGAUGGCCUGCGGUUAUCCACCGUUUUUCGCCGACCAACCAAUCCAGAUUUACGAGAAAAUUGUUGCCGGCAAGGUUCGUUUCCCCGCUCACGUGAGCAGUGAGCUGAAAAAUUUGCUCAAACAACUCCUACAAACUGAUCUGACCAAACGAUUUGGAAAUUUGAAAAACGGAGUUAACGAUAUCAAAUGCCACAAAUGGUUUCGACCGAUCAAUUGGGUAUCGAUUUAUCGGAAAGAGGUUUCUGCACCCUAUAUUCCGCCAUGCAAAGGUCCCGGAGAUGCGAGCAAUUUCGAUGACUACGAUGAAGAACCUUUGAGAAUUGCCAAUACAAACUACUGUGCGAAAGAGUUUGCCAAUUUUUGA